AAGCGCGAAAUAGCUAACGUCGACGGAGCAAAAGUUUCAGUCAAGGACAUAUUAAGGUGGGAUCCAACCGUGGCCAAAAACAAUAAUCCAAGUCAAGGAAAAUGUCUUCGCCGGCCUCGAUAUCGGAAGAUAAAAGUGGUUACGAAUUGGGGUUUUCGUGUUCUUACAAUGGUAGGCCAAGCAGCGCUGUUUGGUCGGAAAGCAAUGAAGAAAAAUCCUUGGAUACUUCAUGUAGCUGUAGUCAAUCCGAGGAUUCCGAAGAAAUUUUAAUGUCCGGUGAUGUUUUAGGAAAUAAUUCAGCCUUUUCUUCUUGUGAGAGUCCUUUUCAUUUCGUGCUUCAAAGAAGCCCUUCUUUUGGUCUCAGGACACCCCUCGUUUCUUCCCCGGAGACAUCCCCGGCUCGCCACCAAAAACAGGACGAGGCAAAUUAUGAAGUAGAGAGCUUGAAAAAACUACAAGUAGAAGAGGAUGAUGAUGAAGAGAAAGAACAAUGCAGUCCAGUAUCUGUGCUGGACCCUUCGUUCGAGGACGAAGACGAUAAUAAACAUGUGAAUGACUGUGAUGAGAACGAUGGUUUUGAUCUUGAAUGCAGCUAUGCAGUCGUACAAAGAGCAAAGCAGCAGCUACUGCAGAAACUUUGCAGCUUCGAGAAACUGGCUGGAUUGGAUCCGGUUGAGCUAGAGAAGAGAAUGUUAGAACAAGAUAAAGAUGACGAUAAUGGUUACGAUGGAAUUUGCAACGUAGAAGAAGCGGAAUCCGGGAAGGAGUCUGUUUCAUCCGAUGCUGAAAUGAAUGUUGAUGGCUUUCUCCAAGUUCUUAAUUCAAGCUUCCACAGUCUGAGACAUGUCCCUAGAGGAAUGAAAAGGCUAGUAACCGACCUCAUUGCCGAGGAAGAGACAGAACAAAGCGGCUACAUCGAUAGAGAAGCGGUAAUUAAAAGGGUUUGCAAGAGGCUGGAGUCAUGGAAGGAGGUGGAAUCAAACACCAUCGACAUGAUGGUGGAACAAGAUUUGAGAAAAGAGCCUGAUUGCUGGAAAAGACAUCAAGUGCAAAUAAGAGAGACGGCAUUAGAAGUUGAACACACCAUCUUCAGAUUACUGAUGAAAGAACUAUCGGAAGAACUAGUUUCGUUAACCGGAGCUUGAUCGGGAACAAACUUUGAAGUUGUUAAGAUGAUGUGCUUUCAUUUGAGCACAGUCUGAAUUGCUCUUUGAGUAAUAGCACUACUUAGAAAGAUGUAACGCUGAAAGCAGGGUAUUAUGAAUGUAGAGAGGGUUUAAUGGUCUCUGGAUGGUGGCAUUAAUGAGAUAU